AUGAGCAUGGUAACGAGCCUCGAGCGGCUGGAGCAGCGGCUGGCCGUGAUGGUGGCUGCCCAGGAGACUUCCCAGGCCUGGUCUUCGCUGGGAGAGGAGGGGCCGGCAGCCAUGAAAAAGGAGAAGAGCCAUGGCCGGGAUGAGGCGGACUGCAGGGCAGAGCUGAUCCUUUUCGACAGGGACUGCACCGAUCCCACUAAGGACACAGCUGCCCUGCUGCUGGAGGCCAGUGGGAAGCCCAGCACCCCAGAUGCUGGGAGCCUGGAGCUGGCACCCCUGAAGAACAAGAGGGUGAGCAAAGACCUGUCCAAGGAGGAGCUGUCCUGGCCUCUCACACUGAUGGAACCGCAGGAGGUGCGGCCCCGAGGCAGUGCUGGCUGGGAGAGCAGCCUCCGGCAGAAGCCCCCCGUCCGCCUCAUCUUCCAAGCAGGGCAGACCCCCCACGAGAUGCAGAUCAAGGAAACAAGCAGCGUGGAGGCUCUCAGGGAACUGCCAGCUCCGCUGCGGAGCUCCCGGAGGAGGACGGCCAUGCCUGUGCUCACCACCAUCGACCUGACGGAGGAAGACUCACGGGACUCAUCGCAGAGCAGCAGCACGCUGUCGGGGAGCAGCUCCCAGGAGGGCCAGAACGGUUCCACUGAGCUGGUGGCUGAGGAGCCAGAGAGCCGGGAUGCAGGGAUUGCGCUGGAGUACCAGGACGGGAAGGAAUUUGGAAUCGGGGAGCUCGUCUGGGGGAAGAUCAAGGGUUUCUCCUGGUGGCCGGCGAUCGUCGUUUCCUACAGAGCCACGUCCAAGCGCCAGGCGGUGUCGGGCAUGCGAUGGGUGCAGUGGUUUGGGGACGGGAAGUUCUCCGAGGUUUCUGCAGACAAGCUGGUAGGACUGAUGGCCUUCAGACAGCAUUUCAAUACUGCCACGUUCAAUAAGCUGGUCUCCUACCGCCGAGCCAUAUACCAUGCCCUGGAGGUUGCCCGGAGCCGCUCAGGGAAGACUUUCACAUCUGCCCCUGGGGAGUCCCUGGAGGAGCAGCUGAAGCCCAUGAUCGACUGGGCACUCACUGGCUUCAAACCACUGGGUGUGAAAGGGCUGCAGCCACCCAAAAGCUCAGAAAACGGGGUCCUGAGGAACGGCACAGAGGAGGUGCUGUGCCUUGAGCAUUGUCCUCCCACCAAGAGGCUGAAGAGCAACCCCUGCAACAGCAGCAAGGAGCAGCGCAUGGAGGAGGACCAGACUCGAGAACAAAUGGUUUCCGAAGUUACAAACAACAGCGGGAGUCUGGAAGACAGCUGCUUGUCAUGCGGGAGGAGGAACCCAGCCACCUUUCACCCGCUGUUUGAGGGGGGCCUGUGCCACACCUGCAGGGAUAGAUUCCUGGAGCUCUUCUACAUGUAUGACGAAGAUGGCUACCAGUCCUACUGCACCGUGUGCUGCGAGGGCAAGGAGCUGCUCCUCUGCAGCAAUGCCAGCUGCUGCAGGUGCUUCUGUGUGGAAUGCCUGGAGGUCCUGGUGGGACGAGGCUCGUCAGCCAAGGCGAAAGAGCAGGAGCCUUGGAACUGUUACAUGUGCCAACCCCAGAGGAGCUACGGGGUGCUGCAGCGCCGGCAGGACUGGAGCUCACGUCUGCAGGACUUCUUCACCAGUGACAAGGGGCAGGAAUAUGAUGCACCCAAAAUCUACCCAGCAGUGCCACCAGCCAAGAGGAGACCCAUCAGAGUGCUCUCUCUGUUUGAUGGCAUAGCAACAGGGUACCUGGUGCUGAAGGACCUGGGCAUCCAAGUGGAGAAGUACAUCGCCUCCGAGAUCUGCGAGGACCCCCUGGCAGUGGGCACCGUGCGGCACGAGGGCAACAUCACUUAUGUGCACGACGUCAGGAACAUCACAAAGAGAAAUAUCGAGGAGUGGGGUCCCUUUGACCUGGUGAUCGGCGGCAGCCCCUGUAACGACCUCUCGCUCGCCAGCCCGCCCAGGAAGGCUCCGUACGGUGAGGCUGUUUGGCCCCACGGGGCUGGGAGCCCCCAGGCUGCCUGGGGCCGGCGACGCAGUUCUGCGGUGGCUCCGUCCGGGGAUGCGUGCCAAGCGCUGUCUCCCCCAGGCCCACCAGAGCCCGUCCCCACGCCUCAGCCAAACCUGCGGGGCCGCGGGCGGUCCCCUCCUAACACCCCUGCUGGGUCCCCCCGCACGGAGGGCACCGGGCGGCUCUUCUUCGAAUUCUACCAUCUGCUCAACUACGCCCGUCCCAAGGCUGGAGAGGAGCGGCCCUUCUUCUGGAUGUUUGAGAACGUGGUGGCCAUGAGGGUCAACGACAAGAGGGACAUUUCUCGGUUCCUGGAGUGCAACCCUGUUAUGAUCGAUGCUAUCAAGAUAUCGGCUGCGCACAGAGCACGCUACUUCUGGGGCAACCUCCCAGGGAUGAACAGGAUCUUUGGCUUCCCCCUGCACUGCACCGACGUCUCCAACAUCAGCCGUGGGGCUCGCCAGAAGCUGCUCGGAAGGUCCUGGAGCAUCCCUGUCAUCCAGCACCUCUUCUCCCCUCUCAAGGAUUACUUUGCCUGCGAGUAGCCCAUGCUGCAUCCCUCGUCUCUCCGUCACAACGCAGCUCUGCUGCCCGAGGAGGGCUCAGCCCUGUGCUCACCAUUCCCAGCACUGUGCCCCCCGCUGCCGCAGGGCUCGGGAAGCGCCUUCAACCAAAGAACCUGGCCAGGUGCCUUCCUGAUGGGACUACAGACAGCACUGCCUGGGAAAUGAUGGACAAAACGAGCUUUAAUCACCCAGCACAAAGCUGCGUGCAUCACUGAUGAGGCGAGAAGUCUCUUCCAGAGCAUUGAAUGUUCCACUUGAGCCCAGAGCUGGAAAGCAGUGAGUGGUGGAGGCAGCUGCUGGCGUGCUGCAAAUGUGGAUACAGAGCUGCUCACCUCCUAAACAAGCAUAAACCUCUCUUGAAAUGACUGCCAAAAAUCCUCAAGCUGCAGCAGCAGGUGUGAGGGCCCCGGGUCAGGUUAUGUACACUGAACAUGCAGAACACACAAACCAAAUCUUUUUUUAUUUUUUAUUUUUUAAGACCUUUUGUAAAACUUUACAUUUUGUUGUUUAAUGUCUAUUGCUGCUUUAAGGCAUUACAUAAGAAUGUGGAGACUCCUAGACCUGAAUGUAGCUGAAACUGAACUGUGAGAUGAUAGAAUUACUUUUCUAGUUAGGGAGAUACUGUUUUAUGCGUUCAGCUGUAGUUUACAGAUAUUCACUACGUCCUUUUCCAAGCAUUUCCCUUUUUUUUUCCUGACGUUUCAAAAUCCUGCUGAGUGGGUUGAAUGGUUUCAUUGGGGCUGGAAAAUCGGGCUGCAGUGACCGGAGGGGAAAAUGUUCUGAGAAUGAGUGCAUGGGGUGGGCAGGGCAGGCAGUGUUACCACCCCCUGCUGUCACCCAGCAGCAGCCAAGGUCCAUCCAUGGGUGCCACCGGGGUGCCCAUCCCUCUGCCACCCCAUCCCAUGAAUUUUGUUUCUUAAAGCCAUGCGGGCUCCUCUCCGUCGCAUCCUCCAUUUCAUGUGCCAGAUCUCUCAUCCCCUCCCGUCUGAUCAAAAGGAAAAUAGAGAAAAAAAGGACUUGGGGAAAGCAAACAAAGAUAAAAGGGGAACGAGAACGGUCCUGGCAUUAAGCUGACUUGAUGAGAAUCGCAGUAGACAAGUCUUCCUUGGAAUGCUGCCUUUUAUGGUGUACUCAUAAACACGUUGCAAGGAGGUAGAUCUCAGAAAUGCCUUUUUUAAUGCUUUGUAAAGGUUUCUAACUCUCCCUGGUGCUAUUUUUUUAGUUAAAGGAUUUUUGAUGUCCAAAGU